UGAGUAUUUUCUCCUUCUUUCUUUUUCUGAAGGAAGAAAUCUUUGCUGCUGAACAACAUCUUUGUGGUUCUUGCUGCAUUGUUGGUGGGGUUCAGCCGGAUGGCAAAAUCCUUUGAAAUGAUCUUGCUGAGCAGAUUUUUUGCAGGAAUAAAUUCUGGAGUGGGCAUGAAUGUUCAGCCCAUGUACCUCGGGGAAAGCGCUCCCAAGAAGCUCCGUGGUGCCAUCACACUAACUUCCGCAUCCUUCACAGCCCUUGGGCUGGUGCUGGGGCAGGUUGUUGGACUGAGAGAAAUAUUAGGAGCGGAGGAGAACUGGCCUCUUCUUUUGGCGAGCAAUAUAGUGCCUGGUCUGCUCCAGCUCAUGCUUCUGCCCUGGGCACCGGAAAGCCCCCGGUACUUAUUGAUUGAUCAAGGAGAUCAGGAAGCCUGCAUCUCUGCUUUACGACAACUCCGGGGUAAUGAUGACUUAAGCUGCGAGAUGAAAGAGUUGCUGGCUGAACAGUUGGCCUGCCAAGGCAUGGAGGCCAAGGCGCCGUGGGAGCUCUUCCAGAACCCAGCAGUGAGAGGGCAGCUGAUCACCGUUGUUGUGCUCAGCAGUGCCAUGCAACUGUGUGGCAAUGACUCGAUGUACUUCUACGCUUCCUACAUUUUCCAAAAGGCUGGGAUUCCAUAUGACAAAAUCCAGUACAGCAUUAUUGGUACAGGGAGCUGCGAACUGAUCACGUCCGUGACUUGUAACCUCAUCAUAGAGUGUGUUGGUCGAAGGGUAUUGCUGAUAGGUGGCUACAGCCUCAUGGCAGUAUGGGCCAUUGUCUUCAUGGUGGCUUUAUCCCUGCAGGAUCAACUCACUUGGAUGCCUUACGUCAGCAUGGCCUGCAUCUUUGCUUACAUCCUGAGCUUUGGCAUUGGACCAGCUGGUGUGACAGGAAUUCUACCCACGGAGAUUUUUGACCAGGUGACCCGCCCAGCUGCUUACAUGAUCAGUGGUUCCCUGCUCUGGAUGAACUUAUUUCUGGUGGGCAUGGCAUUUCCUUUCAUUGUGGAAGGUCUGGGGUAUUAUUGCUAUCUUCCUUUCUUCACAGUUUGUGUCUGCACUGCUGUCUAUGUUGGUGUCUUCCUCCCUGAGACAAAGGGAAAAACGUUCCUGGAAAUCUCAGAAGAGUUCAACAAGCGCAACUACAAACCUCAGAUAUGUGAGAAUUCUUGGACACAUUUUGAAGAAAUCAAAUCCACCAUGUUGUAACCUC